UCUGUUUUAGGAACAUUAAGUGAGUAAACUCGAGCACUAAUUCUCCCGAACUAUUCAUAUUAUUUUUGGACGCACUCGAGGGAUCAUCGUGCCAUCGCUCUUCUUUGACCGCGUCACUCAAGAUUGUGUUGAAGCCAGAAAAAAAGGAGACGUCAUUAUGGCACUAAUGAUACUGCCAUUCAUUGGAUCAGUGUCGGUAUAUGAGAGUCUGGUGGCUGUGACAACGAUGUGUCUGAUGUAUCUGCUUCUCAAGUUUUUCAACAAUGAUAUUCCUGAAGGGCUUCGUCGGCUGCCAGGACCCAAGCCCCUGCCCAUUAUUGGGAAUGUGCUGGAGGUGGGCAGCAAACCUUACCUGAGUCUCACUGAAAUGGGCAAGCGCUACGGCCACGUUUUCCAAAUCCAGAUUGGCAUGCGUCCUGUGGUUGUGCUGAGUGGCAGUGAAACUGUUCGACAGGCUCUCAUCAAGCAGGGGGAUGAUUUUUCGGGCAGGCCUGACCUGUACAGCUUUCGCUUCAUCAGCAAUGGUAAGAGUCUGGCCUUCAGCACAGACCAGGCCGGUGUCUGGCGUGCCCGCAGAAAGCUGGCCUACAGUGCCCUCCGCUCCUUUGCCACCCUGGAGGGCACGACCCCACAAUACUCCUGCGUUCUAGAGGAACACGUGUGCAAAGAAGGAGAGUAUCUGAUCAACGAGCUCAACACUGUCAUGAAGGCUGAGGGAUCCUUCGACCCAUUCCGCUACAUAGUUGUCUCUGUAGCUAAUGUGAUCUGUGGAAUGUGCUUUGGCCGACGCUACGGCCACAACGAUCAGGAGCUGGUCAGCUUGGUGAACCUCAGCGAUGAGUUCGGUCAAGUGGUGGGCAGCGGUAACCCUGCUGACUUCAUCCCCAUUCUUCAGUUCCUUCCCAGCGCAUCAAUGAAGAAGUUUGUGAAAAUCAAUGACCGCUUCAUUGAGUUUGUGCAAAAGAUUGUCAGCGAGCACUACGUCACCUUUAACAAGGACAACAUCCGUGACAUCACCGACUCCCUCAUUGAUCAUUGUGAGGACAGGAAGCUGGAUGAGAACUCUAACAUCCAGAUGUCAGAUGAGAAGAUUGUAGGCAUUGUCAACGACCUGUUUGGAGCUGGUUUUGAUACCAUCUCCACAGCCUUGUCAUGGUCAGUGAUGUACUUAGUGGCCUACCCAGAGAUACAGGAGAGGCUUUAUCAAGAAAUACAGGACAACGUGGGUCCGGAUCGCUGUCCUCUUCUCUCUGAUAAACCCAAGUUAGUUUUCCUGGAGGCCUUCAUCCUGGAGUUGUUUCGCCACUCUUCCUUCCUGCCCUUCACAAUCCCACACUGCACGACAAAAGACACAUCUCUGAAUGGUUACUUCAUUCCCAAAGACACGUGUGUCUUCAUCAAUCAGUGGCAGAUCAACCAUGAUCCUGAGCUGUGGAAAGAUCCAUCUGUGUUCAUCCCAGAACGCUUCCUGAGCGCUGAUGGCACCGAGCUCAACAAGCUGGAAGGAGAGAAGAUCAUGGUUUUUGGCAUGGGAAAGCGGCGCUGCAUUGGAGAGGUCAUUGCACGAAAUGAAGUCUUCCUCUUCUUGGCAAUUAUUAUCCAGAAGCUGCACUUCCACACAAUUCCAGGAGAGGAGCUGGACCUGACGCCUGAGUAUGGACUGACAAUGAAGCACAAACGUUGUCAUCUGAAGGCUUCAAUGCGACAGAGGGGUGAACUGUAAGGGUUGCAGACAGAUUAUCAGUGGAAGAAGCAUUUUUCCCUGAAUUUAGGGCAAUGGAUGCCAGAUUUGAUUCAGAGCUCAUGGCAUUGAGGCAAAUGAGUGAAAUGUGCAUAUUACUGAAUGUCAGAGAUUACUAGGUUCAUGUGAAUAUGUCUUUGGCUCUCUAAGAGAAACUGCUUCACAUGGCAGGGGCCAUGUGGCAGGGGCCAUGUAAGGAAAGAUUUGGUUCCUCUGUUUUGGUGUCCGGCAACUAACACUGUUGCCACUCAGAAGUUGUGAAAUCUCACAGAAACUGAAUUGCCUUGUUCAACUUUGGGACAAACGGUAUGUUUUUCUGGAUAGACCUAGUCAUUUUGACCAUUGUGACCUUUAUUGUGACACAGUACACAUAUUACUUUAUGAUAUCAUUUGUACCUUUAAGCUAAUAUUUUGUAUUCCAUCAUAAUGUCAAAGAAAGACACUGAAGAUAUAUUUGUAUCCCAAAAUGUGAUUUUUUUUAUGUGUGUAUCAAGUUAGGAAAUGUCUAGCAUUUGUAUAUAUUUGAGAUAAAAGUGUUUCUUUUUUUUUUGUGCAUCUGUGAGAUUUAUCAGGACACCAAAAGAUUUCCAGUGAUUUUGGAAUACAUUAGUAAGCUAUAGAGUUUUUAUAUUCCUAUUUUUAAUAAUGUAUCAAUUAAUGUAUAUCAUGUGAAGUCAUAUGACUGGAGCAGCCUUUAAUCAGCCACACCAAUAAAGGAAAACAAAUGAUUUAA